AUGAGCUCGUUAACAAGUAGUCUACAAUCUGGGAGCCGUAUAGCUGUGGAACCGUCGGAUCGCACUGCAGUUAACUCGUUCUCCUUGGAUAAAGUGCCAAUUGGAGACACCGGCUCCACUGGGAGAGUGCCGCCAACAGUGGCAGCAUUUCAGUCGGUCACUGACUCUCCUGUGCACGGCGCGCCGAGCAGCGGGCCACCGACAGAAGCACGCCCAGUCCAUGCCUUGACAAGCAUGGACACCAGUGGUUCGCUUGCCGAAUCUGCAGAACAGAGGCAGCUCGCUCAUGUAGUGCCUUUGAGUAGUGGCCGGGAAGCCUUCGCUCGGCUUUAUAUCUUUGAUUGGGACAAUACGCUGUGCCCAACUGACUGGCUUUGUGAACUAUACUCACGCUGCGGCCAAAGCGUCUAUACAGCAAAACGGCCUUGUGCAGCUCUGUGCUCUCCUGUAAUCAAAAGCCGUUUGGCUCUGCUGGAGACCAGCGUUCGGCGACUACUGCAAAAGUGCACGGAACGCGGCCAAGUGACAAUCCUUUCCAACGCCACUUCUGUUGGUCUUCUCAAGACACUCAGGCUCCUCCCGCUUGUCCAACGGACGCUUACUGAGCUCAAGGUGCAGAUUGUAUCUGCUCGAGACAUGUGCGAGCCUCAUGGACUUCCACUGGAAAAGUGGAAGGAUACUGCCCUUAUUCGACUAGUCACGGCCUUUAUAAACAAACGCCCACAGCAGAAGCACUCUAUCAUGACAAUUGGAGACCAGCAACUAGAGCACAUCGCGCUGCACAACGCAGCUUACCAUCUGCAGCUGAGCUGCGGAUGGGAGUGCCAUCCGAAAUGCAUAAAAUACGUGGAAAGCCCGUCAUUAGAAGCCCUUACGCGGCAGACGUUGUUCUUGACAGAACUCCUCGAUAGGUUUGCUGAUGCGGAGAGCGGGACGUUUUGCAUGCAGCUAAAGGAUGUAUUAUCAGGGGAGAUAGUGCCUUCAGCACUGCGCUAA